ACCGUCGCGGGGCAACCACGUGCCCGGCUAAACUCGAACAACUCAUUAACAAAAUAAUUUAUUUACACAACUAAUUUUUAUAUACUGAAUAAUUUAAAUGUAGACUGUGAUGACUAUGACAAUAAUAUAAGUGAUACUUAGUGUAAGAUGUAACCUAGAGAAGUGAACGGACAGCACGUUAUACACAAUAGUGAUGUAACAUUGAGUGAAAGUGUGGUUUUGUGCGCGUUCCGAACCUGUGAACACUCGAACGCGUCGCGCGCUGUCUAAUAGUAUUGUUGCCAAUAAUUGUGUACAAACCGCUGUAAGAGAUAAGAGUUUUUAGUGAAAUUUACAAAAAGUUUUUGCUGUUUCGUGGUUGUGUUGGCGGGCAAUCCGCCCCCGGCGAGCGGCCAAUGACGGCGCGGUCUACGCCCCCGGUCGGGAUGUCACAACUACACACUGGGAUACUUCUUAUACUGAGCGUUGGCGUCAUAAACUGCAGACGUCCGGAGCCCUAUUACGGCAGAAUCAUCGGCCGCCUGACUCAGUACGCCCACGGCAUCCGCGGAACUGUGUACGCGGUCGAUGAGAACACGGUCUUCAUCAAAGGGUUCGCGUACGACGGCACGGGUCCUGAUGCUUACUUCUGGAUUGGAGACACUCCUCAACCAUCACCCGAAGGAAUACUAGUGCCGUAUCCUGAGGAUUAUCCUAGCCGAGACCCACCCGUGUUAUCAGCGCACAGCAACUCUGACAUCCUUCUACGCUUGCCUGGCGGAAAACGCCUCAGGGAUAUUAAGUGGAUCAGCGUUUGGUGUCGAAGGUUUACUGUCAACUUCGGCGAUGUGUUCGUGCCUCCAGGGCUAGACCCGCCCCGGCCGCGAGUGUUGCCAGAGUUCAAACGGCUGGCUCACGGGCUGCGGUCUGGCAACAUUAGCGUUCUGGACGCCAAGACCUUCUACAUACCCAACCUGCACUACGAUGGCGCCGGACCCGACGCGUACUUUUGGGUUGGCAAUGGAAGUGAACCCAAUCCAUUUGGAACUAAGGUACCAAACGAGAUGGGGUCUCUACACCCACUCCGAGGAUACCAGGGAGAAGACAUUGAGAUACAGCUUCCUGGCAAGCUGACUGCAUACGACAUAGACUGGCUAGCCGUCUGGUGCGUGGAGUACCGACAUAAUUUUGGACACGUUUACAUUCCUAAGGAUUUGGAUGUUCCUCCGGCGCUGGGCCAGACGAAAAUUACUCCUGCCUGGUGGUAUAACCCGACCAGCUCAAGCACAUCACAGACGCCUUACAGUGCAUCCAAUAAUUGUAAAGAGAUUUUAGAUAAGAGGCUGCAGGUGCGGUGGGAAAUACAGCGCGUGGUAUCCAGAAUUUUAUGAAGGGUGAUUCAGUGCAAAUAACUUUGUCUGCGCGCCUUAGGAAGGAGCAGUACAUGGCGUUUGGUAUAUCGGGGGCGGAAGGAAGAGCAGCCAUGUUGGCAGCUGAUGUGGUCGUUGCCUAUUGGGAUACUAG